AUGGGUGUUAUUUUGAACAAAAGAUACUACCUUUACACCAACGACAAUGGCACUAGCAGCGGCUGGGUAUGGGGCAGAUGGCUGUUGUUCAUCGUGCUGGCAGUAGUGUUGCUCCUGUAUGUGUUUCUACUGAACGUGAGGAGACGUCGGUCGGGCAGAAACCCCAUUAGAGGCACCGCCUGGCUGGCUCCUCCGCCCUCGUACGGAGUGUCCCAGAACCAGUACAACUUGCCUACAGACGUGAACCCCGUUCCUGAGUAUUCGACCACAGCUAACGUCAACGACGCUGGCUUUUUCGACCAGAACGGCAAGUUUCACCGCACCAACCCUGGCCCACAGGCGCAGGGCCCGGAAACCCAGGCUCCGGGAACUCAGGGCGCAAUGCCCAUGAGCCCGGAACCAGCGGUGACUCGAGACAACCACUAUCCUGAGGACACGACGAGCUCUCCCACCUCGUCCAUCGAGUACCAGAGACCCAACGUACCGCCUCCAAGCAGCGACGCCGAAGCUGCUUUCAAAAGGCCAGGUGGCCCACCUCCAGCGGGACCAACACUCUAG